AUCUCUAGUAUUUUUAUAAACUUCACUUCAUAGUUCAUACUUCGACCUUCACAAUUCACAUUUAGUUGAAUGCUAGUUGCUACUAUUGAGUUCAUCAUAAUUAUUGAAUUAUAUUAUAUUCGUAUUUCUUAAGGAUGAACUAUGGAAAUUGAGCAUGGAGUGACAGUAAAAAUUUUGUUCUUUGCUAAGUCUAAAGAACUAGCUGGUACUCGAGAAGCAAGAAUCACAAUACCUGAAAAAAUAACAUACCAGCAACUGCUUAAUAUUAUUGCGAAGAAUUAUAAUUUAGAAACAAUUAAGGAUCAUAUACUAUUAGCAAAGAAUGAGGAAGUUUGUUCUGAUAACCGAGAGUUAGUUAUACGAGAAUUUGAUAAUAUUGCUGUAAUACCACCAUUAAGUGGAGGCUAA